GAUACGAUUUGCCGCCGUAUAAAAAUACCAGUAGAAGAAGAAGAAGAAGAAGAAGGCUCACUGAGGUGUUGCUAGCUGAUUGCUAAAAACCUAGAUUUAUGGUAGACAAAUGAAAAAGAUAGCUGAAUUUCUUCAGAGGCUGAUCUGCAGUGGAUCGGAACAGCCUGCGUUUCGUGUAAAAUGCCUCCUAGUCUGUCAGAAGGUUAACCGGGCUUAAACUUGCUGGCUGAUUCUCCUGAAUUAGGAGCUAAAGGGCCCUGAGUCCGCAGUGCUCGGGUGAAUAUCUACCCAGCAUCUGCUGUGGGGGAGAGAAGCAGCAUCAAGCAACGGGGUUAUUGAUAUUAGAGGCUUUUAGAUAUUACCAACCUCAACUCAACAUGUCAAAUAACGGACCUCCUCCUCGAUGGCGCAAUUGUCCUAGAAGAGGGCAACUUGUGGCAGAGAAAUUCCUGCCAAUGAAAACGAUGUUAGGUCCCAGAUAUGAUGACCAAGUUGCAGAGGAGAACAGGUUCAAUCCGAGCAUGCUGUCCAACUAUUUAAAAAGUCUAAAGGUGAAAAUGGGUUUGCUCGUAGACUUGACGAACACGACUCGCUUUUAUGACCGCAGUGAAAUUGAAAAAGAAGGGAUAAAAUAUAUGAAGCUUCAGUGUAAGGGCCAUGGGGAGUGUCCUUCAGAAGAGACCACUGAGAUGUUCAUCAGGCUCUGUGAACACUUCAAUGAGAAGAAUCCCACAGAUUUGAUAGGUGUUCACUGCACGCAUGGCUUCAACCGGACAGGCUUUCUGAUAUGUGCGUACCUGGUGGAGAAGAUGGACUGGAGCAUCGAGGCAGCGGUGGCUGCUUUUGCCCAGGCUCGGGCCCCGGGGAUCUACAAGGGAGACUACCUCAAAGAGCUUUUCCGUCGCUAUGGUGACGGGGAGGGCGCACCACCUGCCCCCGAGCUGCCAGAAUGGUGCUUUGACGACGACGACGGGGACGUGGACGACGACGGCAACGCGGUUGGCCAGGAGUCGGGCCCCAGCUCCUCUGGGUCGGCGCCCGGCAAGCGGAAGAAAGAGAAGAUAAAACUGGGUGCAGUAUUUCUUGAAGGUGUCAAUGUGAAAGGCGUCACACAGGUCACCAUACAACCCAAGUUAGGCGAGAUCCAAAGAAUGUGCCAGGAGAUGGCCGAGUGGGACAAGUCUGGUUUUCCUGGUGCGCAGCCUGUGUCCAUGGACAGGCAAAACUUGCGUUUCCUCGAGCAGAAUCCAUACAAAGUCAGCUGGAAAGCCGACGGCACGCGGUACAUGAUGCUCAUCAAUGGAAAAAAUGAGGUGUACAUGAUCGACAGAGACAACGCCGUCUUCCACAUAUCAAAUCUAGAGUUUCCUUUCCGGAAAGAGCCACGUGUCCACCUAUCAAAUACUCUGUUGGAUGGGGAGAUGAUCAUCGACAAGGUGAACGGUCACCCCGUGCCUCGCUAUUUGAUAUAUGACAUCAUCAAAUUCAAUGGACAGCCUGUUGGCCAGUGUGAUUUCAAUAUCCGGCUGUUAUGCAUAGAAAAGGAAAUAAUUUCUCCCAGGAACGAAAAGAUGAAGACUGGACAGAUUGACAAGACCAAGGAGCCCUACAGUGUCCGACAAAAGCCCUUCUAUGACAUUCAUGCUUCACGCAAGCUCCUAGAAGGCAGUUUCACAUCCCAGGUCAGCCAUGAAGUCGAUGGGCUUAUCUUCCAGCCAUGUGGGAGGUACAAGCCUGGAAGGUGUGACGACAUCCUCAAAUGGAAGCCCCCCAACCUCAACUCUGUGGACUUUCGUCUCAAGAUCACCAAAGUCGGAGGAGAAGGGCUACUACCACAGACCUUUGGGUUCCUCUAUGUUGGCAACUACGACAGGCCCUUUGCGCAGAUGAAGGCCACUAAAGAGCUGAAACAAUACGACAACAAGAUCAUUGAGUGCACCUUUACCAACAACAGCUGGGUGUUCAUGAGGCAGAGGGUGGACAAGAGCUUCCCCAACUCCUAUGAUACAGCCAUGGCUGUGUGUCAAAGCAUCCGGGAGCCCGUCACUAAGGAAAUCCUUUUGGAGUAUCUGGACCGCUGUGCUCAGGGAGCACAAUCCCAAAACCGGAAAAACCCGCGAGACCCAGACUCUGAGCUAAUGCCCCCUCCCCCUCCAAAGAGACCCAACCGGGCCAUCCCGUAGCCCGUAGCUACGCCUUUGGGACUGCUCCACGGUUACGGUGUACAUCCAGCCACUCACACCCCAACAGAUAAAGGACAUUUCAAGGCUUUCUUACCUGCAGCACGUUUGCUUUAUCAGCCCAUACAUGUCGGGGCACCAGAAAACCUCGAUGUCAUUAAAUUACAUUGUAGACCUUUGUAGCUUUAAUUGCCUGUGUUCUUAUUAAAAUGUUAAAAAAAAAAAAAAAAUUACGCUUAGGUAAUUUUUUUUUUCAUUGUUUUGCUGUUUAUAAUUUUAAACAACUGAGCUAAUUGGUAUUUAUUUACUUGGGAAUUGUUAUAGCAACAAAUAACACCUGACAAACCGUGUUCAUGUUUUGUCAACUAGUUCCUUAAUUUGAUUUUGAAAGAGGAGUAAACAUCUUUAAAGCUCAGUCUGCUGUCUUGAUGAGUCUACACUACAAAAAUAGUUUCCACCAUCAGGUCUCAUGUAGAUUUACACAAAGCUGCGCAGAUGUUCAAUUAACAGAUUAAGGUUUCUCAUUGAGUUCCACCUGUAAGACUCAGGCGGGGGUUUCCAAAUGUUUUCAUAUCUCAGAUAAGGAUUAAAUCUCAGUACUCUGCCUCAGCCCAUCUGUGUGGACUUUUGUUUUAAAGGCCACAUGGGUGGGCGGGGGAGAUGACAACGUGAUUACACAGUCUCUACAAAGUAACUACAACUACAAAACCAGUGAAGUCAAGCUGCAGAUGGGUGGCACACAAAAGGAAACAAAAAUCAACAAAUUGUCUCGCAGAAGUGAAGAAGCUUCAAACGGAAGGAUAAAUACAACUUUUCCAGAAGAUUAGAGCCUCAAAUCGCUUGACUUUGAUUUUAAUUCGCCAUGCGCUCGUUGUUCCCCAGUUUUCAUCUACACCGAGGUAUUAAAGCUAAAAGGUUUAUGCUAUAUCCAGCAUCAAAGUGAAGAACACUGGUUUUUGUGUUUAGCCAAUUAGGAUUUUGUUUUUAAAAAAAUGUCUUGUGUGCCAUGUGAUUUGGCUUCAAAAAGGCAGAAAAAAUCUUAGACACUUUUCAGUCUAAGAAACCGCACAUCUGUGUGAAAAACAUCUUCAUUUUAAGGUGUAUUUUGUUUGCCAAGGACGAGGUAACAGUUUAAUAGAAAAGUUGCUUCACUUAGAUUUAACUGAUUUUUCUCUGAAGGCCCCGGGCAGGAGGGCAAAACACAACAAAAUGCUUAAAGCAUGUUAAAGCAAAAUCAAACAGAAGCUUAAAGAAUAAAUGCUGACUGUAAUGUGCUGUAGUUACAAAAUAAACAGUAAUGUCUAUACUAAUUGUUACAUAACCACCUGCCACAGAAUAAUAUCUGUGAACAUGUGAGUAGGGAUACUUUCAGUUGGGUCUUUUAUGUAUUUGGACUAUAAUCAUGGAUGAUGUUACUGAAUUAUGAGUUUGCAGCAUUAAUUCAAGAGGAUUAACAGUUCGGUCAUUUUUCACACAUUCCCUUCAUUUUUUUUUUUCAGGGUAUGAAUUGAUUGGACAUUUCACUGAUGAGCUCUUUCAAAGCUAGGUGUGACUUUUUCCCCCUCAUUACUUCAUGACGAGUCUGUUCAGACUUCCUUGUACCAACGCUCCAGAGCCUGGUGUAAAUUAUUUAAUAUAUUAGGUACAAUUGUGAGAUAAGAUGCACAAAAAAAAAUCACCAAUUUUCAGUGAAGGUAAUAAAAAAAAAAAAAUCUGUCUUCUUUGUCUGAACCUUUGGUGUGUCGACAUGUUUGAAAAGGUGGCUGAACUGCAUUAACAGUCAGUUUUACACCAUCAGGACAUGUGAAUUACAGUUUCAGUCUUGAAUUAGUCACCCCUGACAUUAAUUUAAGAAACAGACCAAAUUUCUACAUGUGACCACCAUGUUAUUUAUUUAACAGAAACUAAGUCAAAAUGAAGACUGUUUGUUGCCUCUAUAGGAAUGAAAGAGGUAAGUGGCAGCCAGGUGAAGCUAAUCAAAUGCACUUACUUCACUGCUCAUCUGCUGCACGUGUGAGCACCUCUAACUUGCUACCCAUCAAUCUACAAAGAGUUUAAGUCAUUUCCAAACAAUUAUUAACAGGUGGAAAGAGAUACUGAUAGUCUAGUCUUCCCAGGAGUGGACGUCAAAGUAAACUCACCACAAACGCAGACUGUGCACUUCUGAGAUACUGCAAAAUGAAGGGAAGAUUCUACGGGCCUCAGCAUGUUAAAUUUCAUGACAACACAAUUGGAAAAAGACUGGACAAGAACGCCGUGUUUGGAAGGUUUACUAGAAGAAAACCUCUUGGGUUUGAUUUGUAAAGUUGCAUCUGAACAAACAAGCCGACCAAGAUCAAAGUGCUUUAGACAAACGAGACCAAAGUGGAAAUGUUUGGCCAUAAUGCACAGUGAAAACCAAACAGUGCACCAAAUGUCAAGGUCACGCUGGUGGAGGAAUGAUGAUUUGGGUUGGUUUUGUAGCCACAGGACCUUCCAGGCCUGCAGUCAGUCGUAUGCGCUUCUGUAUAUAUUCUACAGUCAAAAUAGAGGACAUCUGUCUGAAAAAGGACCCCAAGUACGGCAGCAAACCUGCAACAAAAUGACUAAAAAUGGGGGGAGAAAAUCACUGUUGCAAUCAUCUAGUCAAAGUCCAGAUUUCAAUGCUGUGGUGGGACCUUAAGAAAGCUGUGCCUGCGAACCUCAAUGAACUGAAGCAACGCCACAGAGAAGAGUGGUCCAAAAUCCCUUUACAAUGAUAUGAGAGUCAUCAUGUGUUACGUCCCCACAUGAAGGGUAGGCGAAGAGGGUGGGGGACAGUAACAACUGGAUCCGGAUUGGAAUGAAAAGGACGCCAGGCAGAAGUGUUAAACACAAAAUAAGUCUUUAUUAUAACCAAUAACCAUGUAAACAGUAUCAAUAGAAAAAGACAGCAACGCUGCUAUUAGCAAUAAACCAGGCAGGCCAAACCAAGAAACUGGAGGCCGCUUCGCACACACGAAACAACUGCCCAGUUGAGAGCUACUCACAAAGAGCCACGCACGGUGGGGCUGGUCGGUCGGUCACUCUCUCACUCACUCACACACAGCGGACCUUUUCACACCUAGGCCAGAAUCACACACAGACCAGCUCAGAGGAAAUCCACCAAAAGCCUCUCCCACACCCACACUGCUCUCCUCCAGCUUAUCUCACCUCUGGAGGGUAAUUGGUGGUAAACAAGGGCAGAUGAGCAGCAGGUGUGUCCUAAAGGAGAAGGCAGGGGCAGAGAGAGACAAGGGGAGAAGAGGAAGAGGACAACACCACGCCCACACACUCCCACUGCUGUUCAUCUUAGGUUGUUUAGGAACAUAGAAAGAUCCAGAUGUAUGUAAACCUCCACAGUUUAAUUGUGUAAUAUGUGAGUGCUGUAAAGAGAAAAAAAAAAAGCUCCACAAUAUACCUCAGCAACUUGAGUGAAACAUUAAUCCUGACUUUUCAUAUUAGCACCACAUAUGCAGCCAUCUUUCUUGGCCAAAUUUCAGUGGAAAUGUCAGUGAAAGCUUGUGCCUGAUCUGUAUGCUGCGAGCAUAGAGAGUCACAGGCUGUGGCCAUGCAGAAAAAGCUAAUUAGAACAUUUAACAUACAAGAUUAAUCAUCGGCCUCGAGACAAACAAAUAUUUAUCUUUUUAAUUAAGUGUCCUGCUGAGGAGUAUGACAGGAAUAACAAGUCAUCAACCCAUACAAAACAGACACAUGCCCAGGUCCCCAGGCAGCAGUUUUCCGCCACCUCUAUAACCCAUUGUGUUGCGCUUGACCUCUGACCUCCCCGUGAGGCCCAGGCAAAUGAAGAUAAUUCCUCCUCCGAUUAUUAAACGUGCUCAGCGUGCUUUGUUUUAAUCCCUUCGGUAAAGCCUGUUGCCAGGAAACAUAUGGAUUAUUUUCUUAACCUGUUGCCCACAUUGUUGUUUGAGUAACUCCCAUCUGCAGCGCUCAUCGCCCACUGUUGUUUUUGUAGAAACGAUUUACACAGAGGACUAUGUAAUCAGCUAUAUUUAAUUGUUUGUUACGGGUCUCUCUAUCGCUCGCUCAUAGUGGAUGAUACCACUUUGACGUUCGGUGACUCUAUUUCUGCUUCUGUGUGACUAAAAGUUACUAUUUCAGAACAAUUGUGAGGUGCAACUUUCUUUGAAAUGUGUCUCUCUGCACCCCCGUGCUGCGAAGGAUUUUUUUUCCUUCUCUUUUAGGAUCAAGAGUCAGAAUUUGUGCUUAUUUUAAGAUUAGUGUGACGUUGAGCGGUUAGUCAUGCAGCGUGGAGAAUUUAGAUCUGGAGUUAGGAAAUGAAUGUAAGUUAGGGGAGCGUAACACACGAGUGUAACAAAUCAUGCAUGUGUGUUUUGAGUUCCUGUCGAUUGGCGCCCGAGGCGACCGUUCUCCUUAUAGCGGGGAUGGAUGAGCUGCACUCCCAGGGCUCUCUUCCCCUCCGGCUUCACAUGAAAGCUGGCUGAUUUUCAUCAAAGCCUCCCCUCACCUUUUUGUCGUGAGGUUGCUGCCGCAGAGACGCCGCCGCUCUCAUGCAGCAGGUGCAGGAUUCAUACCUGUUUUUCUGUUUUCAUUUCUUUUCUCUACGAGCUUAAAUUGCAUUCAGUUAAAUCCAUCCUUGCAAACUGUUCUUCUAGAUUUAAUAUUGACCCAAACCUGUUUUAUUUUUCCAAAACCCCUUCGGCACCUUCUGUGUCGUGUUCCUCACGAAAACGUGGCGGAAGACGGACGCUCGAGGAAACGCAGACAGACGCGUGAAAAGGAAGAUCCUGCUUCGUCAAUAAUGCGUUUCCUCUGGGUGUGUUUGUGCCCCGGAGGGGAGGAGGGGAGCGCCGCCGCGGCUGUAUGGAUCUGGAAAUCCAAACACUCUGUAUGAGCACAGGUGGUGUAGCAAAGAUUACCAGGCUCUCACUCUCAGCUCAGGUGUUGGAGGCUGAAAGCCACUGAGCUUCACUGCAAUAUUAAUUCAGCAGAGACGACUCGCGGGUCAUUAUUGUCUCAGUAUUACCUGCAUUUUGAAUAAUGCAUCUCUGCGACUCUCACUGUUGAGAGGUGCAGAAAUGUUCUGUUUGCAGCUCAGAGCUGCUCGUGUACUGACAGUGUUUGCGAUUACUGUAAACUACAUUUUUGUUAUCUUGAAAAAACCCCAAUGUGUUAUUCAAAUUAAUAAUAAUCAAACGAUGUGGGGAAAUUAAUUCGUUUUUCAUAAUCAAACCACUCCUUGUCCAGUAAAAUUCAUGAUGUUAUCAUUCAGUUUAUUCUUCAAGUGAUCAAAUAGGGCCAAAUAUGGCCCCAGCAGUAUAUUUAAAUGUGAGUCGUGUAGCACGAUUUACUGCUGCAGAAGCCUUGAUUUUCAGUAUUUCUGCACAAAAAAUUUAAUGUGAUGCACCUAUAUACAAGAUGUAUGUUUAGGCUUUGUUUUAAACAGGUAGUAACUAAUACCCUGCAUGACAACUUCAUUAUAAUUUGUUGGGUCUCUGCAUUCAUGUGGAUGUUCCUACAACAUGCACCACCCACCUAAACAUUUUUACAGAUCAAGUCCACCUCCCCAAUGACAACAGCCUUCUCUGGCGAGACAUACACUCUGAAACACUCCAAAAGCAACUCAGGAACACAUCAACGAAUAUAACAAAGACCUUCGAUCUCCACCAAAUCAAGAACUGGUUCCAGAUGCUACAAGACGCCCUGAGAGUGCUCUGUGUCCACACACGGAGCUGUUUUGGUGACAUAAACAGGACCUAAUAUUGGUUUGAUUGGUAUAUGUCAUAAUCCAAAUUGCUGUUGGAGGUGGUUCCUGAACACUUUUACUUUGCAGUAACACCACUCACUUUAGAUCAAUUCAUUCUUUUAGAAAUGUUUCUAAAGGCAAAGCUCACAGUCAGGUGCUUGAUUUUAUACACCUGUGGCAAUGAGACUGAAACACCUGAAAUUAAAGAUUAAGG